GUUCCACCUAGACACUUACUAUCAUCCCGUGACGUUCUUCCCCACCAUGGAUGCAUCAGGAGGAUGCUGGGACAGCUGCCUGAAUGAGGAGGACUUGCCGCAGAUGGACGGCACAUGCGAUGCGUGUGAACCGGACGAGCCUCAGCCGGCUGCUUGGGUCUGCGCACUGUGUCGCUUCGCCUUCUGCAGCAGCCAUGCAGACAAACAUUCACAAAGCACUGGUCACCAACUCCAGCCAUACCACGCGCCCGAGCCUCAGCCGGAGAACGAGCGCCUGCCGUCCGAAAACGCAGCAGAGGGAGCCACCGGACAGGAUGAGCAUCAAGUCCAGACUGGAGCAGGGAAAAGAGAGACUGUGACAGUGGAGAGGCUGAAAUGUAAGGAGCACGAUCAGGAGGGAUCGCUCUACUGUAAACACGACCAGCGGAUCAUCUGUGUGGUGUGCGCUGUGCAGGGAGAGCACCGAGAACACGAGAUCAUCACUCUCAGAGAGGCCUACCUGUGGCAGAAGAGCAAAGAAGGCAUCGAUCUGCUGGAGCGCACACAUGAAAUAUCAGAAAAGAUCAAGGCCAAAUGGAUCAGCCCAGAUAUGAGUGUGGAUGAGCUGGAGGAGUAUGUGAACCAGCAGUUCGACGAGCUGCACCGGCUGGUUCGGCUGGAGGAGUGGCGCGUCCUGCACCUGGUGGAUCUGAAGGAGGCCUUCCUCACUGCCCAGGCCGCCGAGAAGAUUUCUGAGAUUAGUGUCCACACGGAAAAACUUCAGGAGGAAAUGGAUUCCAUCACACAGCAGCUGAGCGACCUGGAUCAGAUGGAGCAGGAUGGAGUCGCCCCCAUGUCCCUCGCCCCGCUGUUGGCCCUCAGACCAGCACCUCCACCUGAACAAGUGCAGCCCAUACCAAUGAUUCCUGAUUUGAGACUAAGAGCAGCCAAUCAAAGGAGGGAGGAAGAUCCUUCAGUAGAUGAAGAGAGAGGAGAUGCAUAUAUUGGACAUACACCCUGAAACUAAUGGCCAUUCUGACGCAUCUCUGUCUUCUUCCAUACCUCACUUAUUGGGAUUAAAAACUAUGACUAUAGCUGAAUGUUACUGUCCUGAUAUUGCUUAAUUUUAACCGGUUAUUUAAACAUUGCAGAUAAUUGUUUUAUCACAAACCAAAUGCUCGGAAGGCUGGAAGAAAGCUGAAACACUAAACUCUAAAAGACUUUGUCUUUUGUCAUUUGUAAAGAAAAAAAAUCUCUUUUGAUAGAAUGUUUUUUUUUUUUUUCCGUUUGUUUGUUUUGUAUUUUUUUUUUUUUUUUACUGGUUUAAUUGUUUGAUUCAUGAAAUAUGAUCUCAUAUCCUGCAAACAUCAUCAUGCUAUACUUUGAUUCCAUUCAAGCUUAAACAUUAUUAUGGAUUAUAUAUUUGGCCUAGCUGUUCAUUGUUUGAUGCAUUGUUUCUAUUCCAUUUGUUUGCUACUUUUUCUUUAUCAGAAAGGACUGUACAUUUUCCUGUCACUGAUGCCAGUAUACCAAAUAUAUUUCAACCUUGAUCGUAACCUGAUGCUAAACCUUUCUUGUGUUUGAGUAUCAGCAUGUUGGGCCUGGAAUCGGCUUAUGUACAUUUUCCUCACCAAUUUUAAAUAUAUAUUUUUGUUUCUCUCAGCAUUAGUAGAUCUCUCUUUGAUAACUAAACAAUGCUUUGCUUUGGGAAAACAUGGCAUUAUAUAUUUGAUAUGGUCAGUGUUUGGGAAGGUUACUUCAAAAAGUAAUUGCGUUAUAGUUACCUUUUAUGGAAAGUAAUGCGUUGUUACUUUUGCAUUACUGUUUCUCACCUGGGCUGGGCUUACAUGUUUAUUUAAUAACAAAAAAAGUUAUACUUUUCAAUUUGACAAAGUCUCUGCACUUAUGAUUUCUCUCAACAUAAGGACAUGAGAGAGCUGUCAGUCAAUACAUGGGAAAAUGAAGUAACUUAUUUGAUUAAAAAGUAACUGUAAAGUAAUGCAUUACAUUACUUGUAAUGCAUUACCCCCAACAUUAGAUAUGACCUUUGAUAGUAGGAGUGCACUGACCUCUGCAACAGUAAAAUGAAAAUACCAAACUUCUGCUUUUGUUCUGAUUUUUUUUUCUGUAAAUGAAUGAUUAAAGAAGUUUAUUUUGAUGUUUGAA